AUGAAGCUCCUCCUGUUGGCUGUAGCGGUGCUGCUCCUGGUGGUGGAACAGGGAACUGCAGACAGGAUCCUGUCCAGAAGGACCAAGAGGGAGCUUGCCAGCCCGCUACACAUGGGCGGCAUCAGGGACCCGUUUGGCUCCUACUGCCAGAGGAGAGGAGGCUGCUGCCCUGGCAGGGACGACCUGUGCACCGUGCCCUACCUGGACACCAUCUGCUACUGCGACCUGUUCUGCAACCGCACUGUCUCCGACUGCUGCCCCGACUUCUGGGGGCACUGCCUGGGCGUAGCGCCGCCCUUUAUUGGCACCUGCGAAAGAAACGGACACAGGUUCUUCACAGGCCAAACAUACAAGGAGAACUGCAACUUAUGUACGUGUGGCACCACAGGGCGCUGGGAGUGUGAGCAGUACGCCUGUCUGAUUGAGAGUGACAUGAUUCAUGCAGUCAACAGAGGAAACUAUGGGUGGAGGGCAGCUAACUACAGUCAGUUCUACGGCAUGACUCUGGACGAGGGCAUCCGUUACCGCUUGGGCACCCAGAGACCCUCCAGGACUAUUAUGAACAUGAAUGAGAUCCAGAUGAACAUGGAUCCCCAGGAUGACCAUUUGCCCCUCCACUUCAGUGCAGCCGAGAAGUGGCCAGGGAAGAUCCAUGAACCGCUGGACCAGGGCAACUGUGCUGCCUCCUGGGCCUUCUCAACUGCAGCGGUGGCAUCGGACCGAAUCUCCAUCCAGUCCAUGGGUCACAUGACGCCUCAGUUGUCCCCGCAGAACCUAAUUUCCUGUGACACCCGCAACCAGGGGGGCUGUGCCGGGGGCCGUGUUGACGGGGCCUGGUGGUACCUCAGGCGCAGAGGAGUGGUGACAGAGGAUUGUUACCCAUUCCUGCCCCCACAGCAAACUCCGGCAGAUGUGGGACGCUGCAUGAUGCAGAGUCGCUCCAUUGGCCGAGGGAAGAGGCAAGCGACGCAGCGCUGUCCCAACACACACAACUACCACAACGACAUCUACCAGUCCACACCGCCCUACAGGCUCUCAUCCAACGAAAAGGAGAUUAUGAAGGAGAUUAUGGAUAAUGGUCCUGUGCAAGCGAUUAUGGAGGUCCAUGAGGACUUCUUUGUCUAUAAGAGUGGGAUCUACAAACACACAGAUGUCAGCUUCACCAAACCUCCACAAUACCGCAAACAUGGCACACACUCUGUCAGGAUCAUUGGGUGGGGAGAGGAGAGAAACUUUGAUGGAUCACCAAGAAAAUUCUGGAUUGCUGCCAACUCCUGGGGAAAGAACUGGGGGGAGAACGGCUUCUUCCGUAUCGCCCGCGGGGACAACGAGUGCGAGAUUGAAAGAUUUGUGAUUGGUGUGUGGGGUAGAGUCACUAUGGAGGACAUGCACAACCACCAUCACCACCAUCACCGCCGACGCAAGUAGAGACAGUGCAGAAGCCAAGCCCCACCAAGACCCUUGUUCUCAUCCCACCCAUUUGCCCUUCACCCCAGAGGAGAACCACACCGACACUCCUACAACUUCCUCAUAUCUCCUUCUCUGCUAAGCUGGCUGGGAAAGCCGCAAAAUCAACCUCAGAGCCCCCACUCCUUCUCCCUGUACGCCUCACUCUGGGGGUUCCAACUCAACUACCCCAAACCCCUUUUCCCGACCCACUUUAGCCCUUUUUAGAAGACCAACAAACCCCACUUUCCCUAUAACUCAAGGUUUAUGGCACCAAAAAGUUUAAAAAAACAAACACAAACCUCAACUAAGCUAUAGCUCUUUUACGUUGCCUUGCCUGGCAUCAAGAUGCCACAUGAGGCACCUCAGGACUGUACUGUUCCAAAGACCACACUUCCCAGAAUCCUCAGCAUAGUAUCCGGUGAGACAUGUUCAUGUCACAGUUUGAUGACGACAGAAGGAAUACAGUAGCUCAAUCUGAUCUUUUCAUUCUUCUUUGUCCUCCUGUGUCAAACUGAUACUUGAGUCUUCUCUAGUUCUAAAUUUGUAAUCUGAUUUGUUGAAGCCAAAACCAGAGGGACGGUUUGAUAAAGAGGAAAUCAGAGAGGCAGAGGCAGAUUAUCUACACAACAAACGGGGAUUUUUCCCUUUCACAAAGACACAGUGACUCGAAUUGUGUAACAAAAUAAUAUAUCACAGGUAGACCACAGAUAUACAGAUAUAUAAGGCUGCACACAUGCACAGUCGGCUAAUUUCCUCACUUGUAGAGAAGACACUUGUAGAAAAGUAGCAGCAACAGGCAGGUUAGUUGCUCACACAUUCCAAUAAAGCAGAAUCUUACACUGGAAAUGGUAGGGGAUUUGGCUGAGAGUAGGAUGACGGGUGAUGAGAUUAUAGUGAACUUUGAUUUCGGGGACGGGGGUGCGGGGUGCGGGGGGGUUAGGGUGAUUUAUAAUACCACCGACCACUACCAAUGAUUAAAAAGCCAGAUUCUUGAAAAUACCUCUAAAUCUCGAAGCAAACUCCGUGGUAAAGGUGAGCAGCACAAAAUUUUGAAAAAUCAAAUUCUUCAAGAAUGAAACAGGCUGAAUCGGCUGACCGUGCUGCCAUAGCUGACUGCACCAUCUCAUUUUCAAAGCAAAACAACAAUGAAUUCAGAGGUUGAAAAGAUUGUAAACAAUGGCAAUCUUUGGGGUCUUAACGCCUUAAAGAAACAGUGCUGUUUUGGUCACUGAAAAAGAUAGUGUUUGUGAAUAGUCGUCUUAAUUUGCUCCGUUCUGUGUACACUGUUACAAAUUUGAGCUAAAGAUGUUAUUUGUUGUUGCAGUUAUUCUUUAAUCUUUAUUUUAUUACUUGUUUUGAGAUAUAUGUAGUAUCUUUCAUAACACACUCAUCAGCCUGUCUGUGCAGUUACUUUGGAGGGUGUUCUGCCUGUACUUUUACAAAGUGCAUGUAUGACUUCAUUACUGUCUGGCUACAGCAAGGAGCAGGAGGGCGGAUUCUGCUGCCAAAGUCUGAUCAAUGCUAUCUCAUUGCAGAAUCUUUGGUCUGAUGAACAGUUAUUAUGCAAUAAACAAGUAAAGCCAUUUCCAGCUACGGUUGGAACCACAGCUUCAAAUCACACAGGUUACGGAUGAGUUUUAUGGCUUGUUUAGGUGCUCCUUUUUUUAUUGUGUUUGCUCUGGAAACUUAACAUGUUCCAAUUUAUCAGCCUUGUGUCUAUCUUUCCUACCACAAGGGUUUAUGGUGUCUCAUUUUCAAUUUAUUGCGGGCUAAUAGUUGGAUUUUCAGAUCUUUUCCAGCAGCGCCUCACUUGAAAAGAAAUGCGUUGCACAUCUUUAUCACUUGCCUUAAAUUACAACCCAGCGUGUAACUUCAAAAGGCCUUUUAUAUCAUCGUGUCCCAUAAUAUUAAAGGUCCCAAAACCAUCUCCUUCAGGCAAGGAAAGGCAGAUGAACAUAAAAGCAAAGAGGGGUGUCCAGACGGACAAGCAUUGUACAAUGUGGUAAAGGGGCUAUAGAUGAUUAACGUUAUUGCAUGUCAACCAUGCAAUGGACUAAGUUUUAGUUUCAUUUCAAAGGGAGCAAAAGCACAGGAUGGUUGAAAGAAUGGACCCGUGAAAUAAGAUGCAAUACAGGUCAACAAGGAAACCCAAUGCAGAAAGGAGGAUGUGAGGAUGGAGGUGAUUAAGGGAGACUGAAGUGAGGAGACAGCCGUUUACCCUGCAGCCUGAAGGAGGUGUGAUGUUAACAGAGGAAAGAUGAUCUUCAACUCCUCUAAAUUUUUAUCUGUGGGCGAGUUGCUAUAGCUCCUAUACAGGAGAGAAAAAGACUAAUGGACACGACUUAGUUCUCAAAUUGAUCUACAUUUCAAGUGCCAGCACACUUAAUACUUUCUUUUUGUCUCUUAACAUUUUAGGCAAAUUUUAGCCAGUGGAGUUGGGAAGCAUUAACAUUAAGCUAGAUCGCUCUUAGGUGUUGAAGUACAGUAUUUAGAGUCAGAAUCUAUUGGAAUGUCCCUUUUCCCGUGCAGUCAUCCAGAGAGCGCUGUCCUCACAGGGAUAAACCAGUUAUAGACAGAGUGGAUCAAUGGCCUGAGCGAGACGGGCAACUGAAUCAUUCAUGCAGAAGAAAGGAGUGGAAUCUGACCAAAGCUUGAAUCAUUUCAGUGUCUUUUUUUUUCUGUUGACCGCAGAUUGUUUACUUAAAUGUCCAUUUCUUAUGCCUAUGUCUGAUUUAUGCCCUUCAGGUGCAUUGUUAGUUUUGGACAAGGUGCUAUAGCGUGACACAGAAUGUGCGGACAAAAGGUGCAGCGAACCUUCUCAAGACAUCUUAGAGUAAAAAAAAAAAAAAAAAAUGAGCCACAUUUUAAUGGAGCCAGUUAACAUUAUAAUUAUCUUUACCUAAUGUCUUACAAGGGAAAAAGGACACCCUAAUCACAAAGAUAAUUUGGGAAAGCCAGUCCUUUUCCAUGGAAAUUUAUGGAACCCUUUCAACCAAACAAUUUUCUCCAGCUCCAUAACGUCUCCUUCAAAAACACCCCCAAAGCUGCAGCAGAAACCCCACUCAGAAGUUGUGUAUUUUAUGGCAAAUGAACCACUCCAUACUCACUGAUGUGUAGACUUUUAUUUAUGACAAGAUGUGUAAAUUAUAUACUUUUAUUCUCCUUUGUCUCCUGUGCAAUGUUUUAUUAUCUCUCUGUCUCUUGUAUUGUGUGCACUAAAUGCAAAACCACAGUAGUGUUCACCUGUGAGGCACAAUAAAGUCUUUCCAAA